GAAGGUGCGGCAGCACCCCAGGGCCGGGGGCAGGCCAGGGGGCAGGGGGUGCAGAAUGACUGACCCGGCUCUCCUGAGGACUUCCAACAGACAGGGCCUGGAGAAGAUCCUCAGGCUCACCACCCAGUGGACCAUGGAGGAUGAGGAAGAGGCUGCCCAGGAGCGGCUGCUGCAGGUGGAGGACAGCAACCCCCAGGCCCCAGGGCCGGAGCAGGACAAGCUGCUCUCCCCAAAGCCCUCAGAGACCCCUGAAGUGGACGAAGAUGAAGGUUUUGGAGACUGGUCGCAGAGGCCAGGGCCGAGGGGCUUGCCCACCAAGGACGGCGGCCGGGAAGUCGCUCCGGGGGACACGUCCCAGGAACUGGAGCCGAAGCAGACCCCGUCCCACGGGCACCAGCAGGAAGACGUGGAGCCGGGCCAGGCCCAAAUCCCCCUGGAAGAACUCUGCCUCAGCCCAGAGGGGGAGCCCCGGGAGGGGCCGGAGGAGCCCGUCCAGGGCCCCCAGGAACUAGUGGAGGCUGAGGAGGCUGAGGAGGCUGAGGAGGAGCUCCCACGAUGCCAACAACCCAGGACCCCCAGCCCCUUGGCCUUGGAGGAGGGUCCUGGGCAGAGCACACCUCCCCAGAGCCCCACCACCGAGGUAGGUCGAGCCCCAAAGCCAGCUCUCCUUCUCUCUGUCUGGCUCAUGGUCAACGUGAUGACCCUGGGAAAGUGGCCUGGGUCCACUCUGGGAGGACAGGGAACAUAUCCAUGUGCCCUCUGUCUUCUCCCCCAGGACCGGACAGUCAGCAAGUCCUGUGGCCGAGGUUGUGGUGAUGGACGAAUGGGUGGAGGGAAAGAAAGAAUGAUGGGUGGGUGGAUGGACAGAUGGAUGGGAAGGACAACCCAGGUAUUAUAUGUCCCAGGAGCAGACUGGCCCCAUGCAUGUCCCCUGCGAUUGCCUGUGGGAACAACCCCAGGCCUCGGGAUUCAGAAAAGCAUUUCUGGUGCAAAGAGGAAGGCAGAAGUGACCUGUUUGUGUUCUGGGGGGCCUCCUGACCUGCUCCUUAGUGGUCCUUCACCAAAGCACUCCAGGGCUCUUUCUUCUACCCAGACUGCCGGGCGGACCCCCAAGCUAGCCCGGCAGCCCUCUCUAGAGCUGCCCAGCAUGACCGUGGCCAGUACCAAGAACCUGUGGGAGACGGGAGAGGUCCAGGCCCAGUCCACAGCCAAGGGCGCCUCCUGCAAGGACAUCGUUGCCGGGGAUAUGAGCAGGCGGAGCCUCUGGGAGCAGAGAGGUGGCUCUAAGACCGCGUCCUCAGUGAAGAGCACCCCGUCUGGGAAGCGGUACAAGUUUGUGGCCACGGGGCACGGGAAGUACGAGAAGGUGCUCGUGGGCGAGGGAGCAGCCCCCUAGCUCGGCGGUCCCGGUGAGUCUGAGGCCGAGGCCAGGGGCACAGCCACCUGGGAGGUGUGUGGUCACCUGAUUCCCCAAUUCCAGGGGAGGCAGGGACAGUCAGAGACCCCAACCCCCCUCCUGGGGCCUUGCCACAAGCUUGGGCUCAGUGGCUUUGCCGGCACCCACAACUCAGCCAGCGCGGCCCCAAACUGAACAGUUGGUCUGGGCUCCUUCCAGGGGCAGAGAACAACGGGGAGGCCCCUGGGCCCGUGCCCCUCCUCGGUGGGCUGAAGGUGGGGAGUGGCCAGGACCAGAAAGGGGGUUGGGGGUUCCAUCCGGCAUCCUCCUGCCACGGAGGAUAAGACAGGAAGCAACUCCAUGUCUUUGAGUGAACGCGUGUUUAUUUGUGGCCUGGGUCCCAAGCUCUUGGGGUACCGUGGGACCAAUGUCCCCCACCGACCAUAUCUUCUCCCCAAGACCCACUGCCCCCCUGCAUCCCACUGCCCACCCCUCACCAUCCCCACGUUGGAGCUUGUCUGAUUCCAGGAGGGUUUCACAAAGCUGAAAGUCGCUGAGUCCCAUGGCCUGCCCUUGCACCUGGCCACAGCCCCUUCUCAGGCCUGCUGGGCCCCAGGUGGAGGCCGCCCAUUUCUGCCUGGACGCUAAGUUCUCCAUGCCCUCCGACUCCGGCGGCCCGGCCCCCGGUCUCCCCUCAGGGCCUCUUUCCUGUUGCCCCCAGCCCUUGCCUGGCGCCCCGCCAUCUGUUGGGCCCGCCAAACUGCCGAGCGGCCGACCGUGCUGAGCUCCGGCCCCCCACUGCGAACAUAAAUCUGUCCCCGAAUUGUUCAUGGCCGGGCCAGGGGCGGGGGGCCGGGGGGUACUGCAGAGUCUGGGCCCGGGAGUUAAUCACCACAAGCCGGCAGUUCUGAGGCCCAUGGCCCGGCCCUCACCCUCCCUCAAACCUUAGCAGGGGGACCAGGGGGUAGAACUGAGCUGCUCUGUAUGCACCCCCCCCCCACUCUGCCCAGCCACCUCCAGCAAGGCCAAGAGUCGGACAUUCUGCCUCUGAGCAGAAUGUGGGGGUCUCUUGUCUCUGAGCUUCUCCAUGUGCCCCAUUCCGGGGCUCCUCCGCAGAGGCCCCCCAGCCUCUUGGAUCUGCUCCUUCCUGACUUGUUUACCUUCACCCCACUGCCCUAAGUCCCACAUAGCCUUGCCCCACCUGACCUGUCCCUCCCCAGCCCUCUCAGACCCCUGACUUCUUACCACCCAUAGCUUCCUCCUCGGUGCCCCUUUGGACCUGCUCACCCUAGAGCCCUGAUACCUUUGCAUUGCCCUCAACCCUGCCCCCCAGAAGUCCCCAGGCCCCCUCACUAGAGGUGCCAGCCAGCCGCAGUCCGGUUGAAGUUCUUGGGCCGGGGGCUCAGCUCCAGCACAGGGAGGGCAAAGGCUGGGGGCUGAGAGGCCGCCUCCUGCAGCUUACGGGCGUUGAAGCGGGGCCGACAUAAGAAGGGCAGUCGAGACAGGCUGGCCAGGGAGCGUGGCCCCUCACUGGGUCCAGCCUUGCGGUGCUGGGAUUCGGCCACGGACAGGCGGUAUAGUACCGCGUCCCACAUGCCGGUGACUCGGGAGGCAGGUGGCCGGUGCACCGGGCC